AUGAGUGCAGUUGAACCCCUGCAGGAGAAAAUCGACGCCCACCGCGAGCUGACGGAACGCAACGAGGCGCUGCAGCAGGAGCUCAAGGCGGCAACCACUAGUUUCACAAACGCGGCCAUGGACGAGGCUGUUAUGCGGACCCUCAUCUCGGAGUGGACCGCCAAGGCUGGCAACCCCAACGAGCCGCCGCCCAAGCAGCCCCGGGACAUCAGCGAUAUCCGCCAGGCGACCAGUGUCAUGCGAGACCUGUAUCGCUACCGGAGCGAGCGCCUGUACUUUGGACUCGUGCAGAACCUGCGCGAAGAAGAGGGCGCGCCGCUAGCCCAGAUCCGCGGUACCAUCAAGGAGCUGGAGCACGAGAAAUCACCAGGGAGCGGGAACGCGUCAACGCGACGUACGAGCGGUUCGUAG